AUGUCUGACGACGCCCAGCAUGAGCACACCUUCGACUCGACCGACGCCGGCGCGUCGCUGGUCACCCCCAUGCAGUGUUCGGCUCUGAGAAAAAACGGAUACGUUUGCAUCAAGAGCCGUCCCUGCAAGAUCGUCGACAUGUCCACCUCCAAGACUGGCAAGCACGGCCACGCCAAGGUCCAUCUUGUUGCUAUCGACAUCUUCACCGCCAAGAAGCUCGAGGAUCUCUGCCCUUCCACCCACAACAUGGAUGUCCCCAUCGUCAAGACCGACCAGUACAUGCUUAUGAGCGUUUCCGAGGACGGUUACCUUAACCUCAUGGACGAGAGCACCGGAGCUACCACCGAGCACAUUCGAGUCCCCGACAACGAGGUUGGCCAGAAGAUCAAGGAUGCCGCGGCCGACAUUGAGGCCGGUAACGUUGAAGCCACCGCUACCAUCACCUCCGCUAUGGGCGAGCAGCACUGCACCAAGUGCGAUCUCAAGGACGUUUAG